UGUAUCUUGUUUAUCGUUUAAAAGUACAUUUAAACGAGGCAGAAUAAUUCCGCCAACAAACGUUCAUCUGUAUAAACAUGUAGCGAAAGUUAUCCACGUGAAAAAGUCAUGCGAAUUCCAUCAAAUUUUCCAGAAGUCAAAUGUCAUCAAGCGUACAGUCGUUACUUAACCGACGAGUAUCCGCUUUGCCAUUUUGUUCAGCAAAAGGACGAUUAAUUGCGCAACAUAUUGUCUUACUCCUGCGGAUUCAAGAGCUAGAAAAAGCAAUCUUUUCAUGUAUGUACGCAGUAACGUGUACAGUGAACGGAAAAUUCUUCCAAUCGUUACGUAAUCGUCCAGCGAAUCCGCUAACCAUCCGGCUAUAACCUAUAAGUUUGCCAGAAAAAUAUAUCUAGAAUCGCGCGCUGCUUUCUUAUUGGUCCGUGCGCGAAUUGUGAGUUGGACGUGCCAUCUACUGCAUUUCCACUAGUCUCCCGAGUUAUUCGUAUCCCCUCUAUUCAUUUACAACACAUGACUUGUCACCUACGUUGUUGUAUGUCCCACACGUGCACAAGUUCUCCGGCAGCUCUCUGAUUAGUGAUUAAAAAUUUAGCAACAGAACGCUGCAAUGCUGAAGAAAGAAAAGAAGCGUCAGGCUAGCAGCAAUGACAUGGAGGUAGAGGUAAUCAAUGGCAUAGAAGGAAAGGCAAAGCAGCAUUCAGCUAAGAAAAGGGCCAAAACCGUGCAAGGGGGAGAACAGCGGAGGGUGCCAGUACCGGCUCACAGAUACACGCCUCUGAAGGAGAACUGGAUGAAGAUAUUCACGCCUAUCGUCGAGCACCUGCGACUGCAAGUACGUUUCAACCUGAAGACGAGGAAUGUCGAGAUCAGAACGUCACCGGAGACCGUGGACAUCGCGCAUCUCCAGAAGGCGGCAGAUUUCGUGAAGGCGUUCGUCUGCGGAUUCGAAGUGGAGGACGCACUAGCGCUGCUGCGCUUGGACGAUCUGUUCGUGGAGUCGUUCGACAUACAGGACGUUAGGCAGCAGAUGAAAGGCGAUCAUCGGUCGAGGGCGAUCGGCAGGUUGGCAGGUAAAGGCGGAAGGACCAAGUUCGCCAUCGAGAACGUGACAAAGACGAGAAUCGUGUUGGCCGACAACCGGAUACACAUACUCGGCUCCUUCCAGAACAUACAGCUGGCUCGCAGAGCCAUAUGCAACCUGAUCCUUGGCAGUCCACCUUCCAAGGUUUACGGACAGUUGAGAAACAUAGCUAGUAGGAUAUCGGAGCGACUGUAAUUGAAGUGUUGUAUAUUUAUUGCACUUGUUUAUACAAUAUUUACGCGUGAAUGUAUUUCUUUAUUAAGAUUUUAUUAACAGUAGUCUUAGAAAAGUGGAUAAUAAAUAACGAAGUACGACGGCA